AUGCUGCAGUUGGGUUCUUCAAAAGGACGGAGUGUGACUGUAACAGAUUUUCAAGUGAAAAUUGAAGACUCUGUGUCAGAUUUUGAUGGAGAUUCUCCCUGUCACGGUCCGGAUGCUGACAUCUUGUGCAGUGACCCACGUGGUCGGGCUGGCAGUUAUAUAGGUGGCGCCCCUGACGGCUGUGAGUGCACUAACGUGGUCAAGAACCUCUGUUCCAGAGCGUACACACAGACUAGGAACUGGAAAAGAGGGACUAAAGUAUGGGGCAAUUGCAACAGAAUCCAGCAAUUCACUGCUAUCGCAACGUUUCCCAGUGGUAGCUACAGUGGCCACGCUGCCAUAUUUGAUUCUUGCACUAGUAACGGGAUCAAGGUGUGGGACCAGUGGUGUGGCCGUGGGAAGAUGGACUCUAGAAUCAUACGAGUCGGUAAUAACUAUCACUACCCCAGCAACGCGGCGGAGGCUUUCUACACCAUUGAAGUCUGAUGUGCCUGGCUUUAAACGCAGCUACAGCUAGCGCAGUAGAAGACGGCGUUUCUUUUAGACUCAGACUUUCAAGAUGGAAUAAUGAAGAUUGAGAAAAACUGACAUCAAAUUGUUUGCUAUGACAAUAAAUGUUAAUUUUGAACGACAUACUUUUAAAUUCAACAGAA